AUGGUCCAAUUGCUCUUGGAAAAAGGCGCCAAAAUCGAAGCCAAAAACAGACUCUUUGACGCACUGCGCAACAAGUGCAUUGAUGACGCCAAGCGCAUUCUCCAAAACAGCGUUCUCUACGGCAACCUCCGUGACAGCUCUAAGACGCCGUUGCUGCACUUGGUCGUGGCAACGCAGGAUUUGUCACUGCUUCAAAUGCUGCUUCAAAAACCAAAUCUCCAAAUCGAUGCCAAAGACUCGGCGGAUCACACGGCCCUCGCAGUCGCCAUUACCGAUGACAACGCCGAGGUGGUUCAGGCGCUGUACCACGCAGGCGCAUCCAUCCAUCUCGUCGAUAUCCCACCUUGCGACGAGCGUCUAUGUGCUUCAACGCCAGUCUUGGUCGCUGCUUUGCGCCAAGCAGCCUCCAUCAACGACGGCAGCACGGCGGCUCAACUAUUGCGUCUGGGCGUCAGCUGCUCGUUGGCCAACGAGAAAGGCGAGACAGCGUGGCAUAUGGCGGCUGCAAAGGGCCACAUGUCCAUCCUCACAAUGUUGCUCCAACAAGAGACCAAGGACGAGAACGGAAUUGACGUGACCAACCACAAUGGGGAAUCACCCCUUUUCGUCGCUGCCACCGGUGGCCACGCUGACGCUGUCAAAUGUCUCCUUCGCAGCAGCGCUAGCCCCCACGUCAUUUCCAAUGAUGGAUCGACGCUGCUCCACGCGGCUGCGAUUGGUGGCAGCAUGAGCGUCCUACACCAAGUCGUCCAGUGUGGCGUCAACGUUGAGGCAUGCGACGCGAUGGGGCAGACACCGCUCCACAUUGCGUCCGAGAAGGACCGCGACAGCGCGGUCAAGUACCUUUUGGACGUCGACGCCAAUGUCUUUGCCAAGGACAAGACGGGCAAGACGCCGUUAAUGCUGGCGACCCACCCACUCGUCAUCAACACCCUGCUUCAGGCAGAAAAAUCGACCAAGCAAAAGGCCUCGGUGGACCGACCUGAGGACACACGAGGCGCCAGCGAGCGUGUUCAAGAUGUCAACGACAACGACGCCAGCCAAAACCUGCUGGACGACGACAGUGAUUCCAACGCCGCGAACGAGGCGGGCGACUCUCCUCUGCAUCUCGCUGUACAAACCAACGACCACAAGACGUUGAUGUCGCUUUUGCGAUCGCCCAGCAUCAACCUCGACGUUCGCAAUACGGCGGGCGUGACGCCGGUGAUUCUAGCCAUCCAAAUGGGCCACCGACGCCUGGCGACGAUGCUACAGACAGCUGCGAACCGCAUCAUCCCCAGCGUGCCGGCCACGGACAUCAAGAUGGACCAAUCUAGUCCAAUCUAUGGCACUGUGUACAAGGGCACGUACAAGGGUCGUGUCGUCGCCAUCAAAACGCCUGCCGAUGAGUCCUCCGCCCAAGCAAUUAUCCAUGAGAUGGAGACCAUACAGCAGUGCAACUCGCCGUACGUGCAGCAGCUGCUCGCCGUCUCGGAUGUCAACUCGACCAGUCCCAAGCUCUUGCUCGAGUACAUGGACGCGGGGGAUUUGCGCAGCUACCUCGACGCCAAGCGACUCGGUGUGCCCACCAAGGUCAACGUCUCUCCAUUGGAAGUCGCGUGGACCGACGAGGAACGCUGCAUUGCGACCGAGCGAUACCUCCUGAUGGCGUAUGCGUAG